CUUCACUUUCCACCUGUCUGCAUUGAAUUUGUGACGAUUUCUCCAACGCAAAUCAUUUCCAUUGUGCCCAAGGUUUCCGACCUUGUCAGUUGUCAUCGUCCAAAAUCGAAGAAUGGCGAGCCGGACAUCUGAUCUGGUAGGGCAAGUGCACCCGGCACACGCGCUCGACCUAGGGGCGUUGUUGAGCUACUCCUCCGCCAACGUCCCUGGCUUCCCUCUCUCUCCCUCCGAUUUCACCGUCUCUCAGUUCGGGCACGGGCAAUCGAACCCGACGUAUCUCAUGGAAGUGGGCUCGGGGGGUUCAGUGAAACGGUACGUUUUGAGGAAGAAGCCCCCUGGGAAGCUGCUCGAGUCUGCUCAUGCUGUGGAGAGAGAGUUUCAGGUUCUCCGGGCAUUGGGUGCUCAUACCCAAGUUCCAGUUCCGAAGGUAUUCUGCUUGUGUACCGACCCAAAUGUAAUUGGAACUGCGUUUUACAUCAUGGAGUAUUUGGAUGGACGCAUAUUCAUAGACCCCAAGCUGCCGGAUGUGCCACCUGACACAAGGAGAGCGAUAUAUCGAGCAACUGCAAAAACUUUAGCUUCUUUACAUUCUACUGAUGUGAAUACUAUUGGUCUAGGAAAAUUUGGGCGUCCGGACAACUAUUGUAAGAGGCAGGUAGAGAGGUGGGCUAAGCAAUAUAUAGCUUCAACUGGCGAUGGUAAACCUGAGAGAAAUCUGAAGAUGCUCCAACUUGCUGAUUGGCUACGGCAACAUAUUCCUCUUGAAGAUUCUUCAGCAGCAUCAGCAGGCAUAGUUCAUGGAGACUUUCGCCUUGAUAAUCUUGUAUUUCAUCCCGAUGAGGAUCGAGUUAUUGGCAUUCUUGAUUGGGAACUUUCUACUGUUGGAAACCAAAUGUGUGAUGUUGCAUACAGCUGUUUGCAUUAUAUUGUGGACACUGGGCUUGGAAAGGAACAACUGGGUGAAGGUAUGGAACUUGCUGGAUUACCAAAAGGGAUUCCUUCACAGGCAGAAUAUUUGGCUGAAUACUGCUUUGCUGCCAGAAAACCAUGGCCUGUUGCUGAUUGGAAGUUCUACAUUGCCUUUUCCUUGUUCCGUGGGGCAUCAAUCUAUGCAGGAGUCUACAGUAGAUGGAUUGUGGGUAAUGCUGCAGGAGGUAAGCGUGCCCAACAUACAGGAAGAAUAGCUAAUAAUCUUAUUGACUCAGCAUGGGAAUUUAUUCGACGGCAAUCUGUACUUCCCGAGCGUCCUCCAUCUGUUUCAAUUGCACAAGACUAUCCGAAACCAUCUGGAAAUGACAAUAAAGAUCAAGGCCUUUCAAUUGGAGGGGGAAGGUUCGUUCCUAGUAAAAGGGUGCUGGAAUUGAGAAACAGAUUGAUCCAGUUCAUGGAAGAUCGUAUAUACCCCAUGGAAAAUGAAUUUUACAAACUUGCUCAGUCUACCUCACGUUGGACAGUUCAUCCACAAGAGGAAAAGUUAAAGGAGCUAGCAAUGAAGGAAGGCUUAUGGAACUUAUGGAUACCUUUUGAUAGUGCUGUUAGGGCAAGAGAACUGAUUUUUGAUGGGCGCAAUCAUGCUCUCUCUAAUGCUGCAUAUGAUCGAUUACUGGGUGUGGGCCUCUCAAACCUGGAAUAUGGAUAUCUUUGUGAGAUUAUGGGCCGUUCCGUUUGGGCUCCACAGGUGUUUAAUUGUGGAGCACCUGACACUGGAAAUAUGGAGGUAUUGCUGCGUUAUGGAAAUAAAGAACAACUAAAUGAAUGGCUUAUUCCCUUGCUUGAGGGUAAGAUCCGGUCUGGAUUUGCGAUGACAGAACCACAAGUUGCAUCUUCCGAUGCUACCAAUAUUGAAUGUUCUAUUAAAAGAGAAGGAGAUACUUAUGUCAUUAAUGGGACGAAGUGGUGGACAAGUGGGGCAAUGGAUCCAAGGUGCAGACUUCUCAUAGUCAUGGGAAAAACUGACUUCAGUGCUGCAAAGCAUAAGCAGCAAUCUAUGAUCUUAGUGGAUAUCCGGACUCCAGGUAUACACAUAAAGAGACCGCUAAUGGUGUUUGGCUUUGAUGAUGCACCUCAUGGGCAUGCAGAAGUAUCAUUUGAGAAUGUACGUGUGUCAGCAAAGAAUAUUCUAUUGGGAGAAGGACGUGGAUUUGAGAUUGCCCAGGGUAGGCUAGGCCCAGGAAGGCUGCACCACUGCAUGAGACUGGUUGGGGCUGCUGAGCGUGGCAUGGAGAUGAUGGCUCGAAGGGCUCUUAGUAGAAGAGUGUUUGGAAAGUUGAUAGCAGAGCAAGGUUCAUUCCUUUCUGAUAUUGCUAAGUGUCGGAUAGAGCUAGAGAAAGCCAGAUUGUUGGUUCUGGAAGCAGCUGACCAGCUUGAUAGGCUUGGGAAUAAAAAAGCCCGUGGGACCAUAGCAAUGGCCAAGGUGGCUGCUCCGAACAUGGCAUUGAAGGUGCUUGACAUGGCAAUUCAAGUGCAUGGUGGAGCUGGCGUAUCUUCUGACACCGUUCUGGCACAUCUCUGGGCAACGGCAAGAACAUUGCGAAUUGCAGACGGCCCAGAUGAAGUCCACUUGGGUACUAUUGCCAAGUUAGAACUGCAGAGAGCUAAGCUUUAGAAGAAUUGAAGUGAAUUUCUCUGAGCAGGAUUCUUUUUCUUUUGUAAUUGAAAAGAAAAGAAAGAAGAGAAUAAUCCGAAGAACUAAAGGGCACUGUAGUUGAUCCCCGCAACGGCAAUGUAAGAGCCAAAAGCUGAUUAAUGGAUGGUAGAAUGUACCUGUAAAAUAGUGACUAAUUUGGUUGAGAUAUGAUGCAUUGACACCCUAAUUACAAAUUA